CGCGCUGAAUGCUGGGAUUCUGCGGGAACGGGCAGAUUGGCAGAUCGCACAACGCCAUCUUUAAACCCCACAAGAGGCCAGCUACAGUUGUGCACUGGGAUGAAAAACACUAUUCCUAUAGUGGGAUAUAAGUUCGUGUCGUGGAGAUUUUGUGCUUAUUUCAUGGCUAAGUAAUUUUUAAGGAACUGUCCGAUGGGACUGUGAAGAUACGGUCACGGGACACCGCGAGAGCCUUAAGAUGUUGUUAUCAUAGGAAGACAACAACAAUAGACGGAAAGACCACAACAACGGACUAACUCGCUAGCAUCUUGCCGAGCACUGCAAUGUUUUCAAAUGCUAACUGUGAGCUAGCUAACGUUAGCUACUUCAUUAGCAAAUCUGUCCGGUGAAAUUUGACCAGGCGCUGUUUGUAGCUGGCACUGGGCAUCCAGCUGCAUCUACUGGGACAGUCCGUCGUAUAUUUGCCACUUUUUGUGCCAAAAUUCGUGGUGUGGCUUUAGCUAGCUAAAAGCAAAGUCCCGACUUCUCCCCUCCCCAGCGGCCCAGCCGGAGAUGCGUGGAAGAUGUCGGUGUCGGGGCUAAAGGCCGAACUGAAGUUUUUGGAGUCCAUUUUUGAUCCAAACCACGAACGUUUCAGGAUCAUUGACUGGAAGCCCGACGAGCUGAGCUGCCAGUUUAAUGUAACUGGGGAAAAGCUGUUAAUCAUACACUGUAAUAUAACGGAAUCUUAUCCAUCUACGCCGCCAAUAUGGUUUGUGGACUCUGAUGACCCGAGCUUGGCGCAAGUUUUGGAGAGACUGGAAGAUGUGAGAAAAGGCAGCACCCUGCUUUUGCAGCAAUUGAAAAAACUCAUUUGUGACCUUUGUCGGUUGUACAACCUUCCCCAACAUCCUGAUGUGGAGAUGUUGGAUCAGCCCCUGCCUGCAGGUCCUGUGGGACAAGACCGAAAGCAUGGGACAGAAGAGGUCACAUCUGAAGAAGAGGAGGAAGAAGAGAUGGGCGAGGACAUAGAGGACUUGGACCACUAUGAAAUGAAAGAGGAGGAGCCUGUGGAUGGGAAGAAAUCUGAGGAUGAUGGCAUUGAAAAGGAGAAUCUGGCCAUUCUAGAGAAGAUCCGAAAGAACCAGAGGCAGGAUCACUUGAAUGGAGCUGUGUCUGGUUCAGUGCAAGCCUCUGACCGCCUGAUGAAGGAGCUUAGAGAGAUCUACAGGUCUCAGAGUUACAAAACAGGGAUCUAUUCAGUCGAGCUUGUUAACGACAGCCUGUAUGAAUGGCACGUCAAACUAAGGACUGUGGAUCCAGACAGCCCCUUACAUAGUGACUUACAAGUCUUAAAGGAAAAGGAAGGAAUGGAUUACAUUUUACUAAACUUCUCAUAUAAAGAUAAUUUCCCCUUUGAUCCACCAUUUGUCCGCGUAGUUUCUCCUGUGCUUUCUGGAGGCUAUGUUCUUGGAGGAGGUGCCCUGUGCAUGGAACUUCUCACUAAACAGGGUUGGAGCAGUGCCUAUUCCAUUGAGUCUGUCAUCAUGCAGAUCAAUGCCACUUUAGUCAAAGGAAAAGCCAGAGUGCAAUUUGGAGCCAACAAAAACCAGUACAAUCUUGCCAGAGCACAGCAGUCCUACAAAUCCUUGGUUCAGAUCCAUGAAAAGAACGGCUGGUACACACCCCCAAAGGAGGAUGGUUAAAAAGACCCGUCUCUUUCCUGCAUUGGGACCACAUCUUAGAUUCUUUUCUUUUCUUUUUUUUUGCGCAAACCAUUUUGUUCUCUAUAUCAAAGUUUGAACUACAAACCAAAUUUCUCAUUCAGUGGCCACCCAGAAACUAGCACAUGAACACGGACACACACACCUGAAAUUUACAUCCAAGCUACUGAAAAGGAUGUCUUCUCUUCAGAUAUUUAUGUCUUUAUUUGUUGUCUGAUACAAUCUCAUUUUUCCAUUGUGACAUUGGCAUCGUGUACUCCAGGAAAUGAUGGACUUAAAAUGCGCAAACCUACCCUUGGGUUUAGGCAUUGAGCAUGCCAAGGUUACUUGCUGGCUGUGAGUUGAAAGGUGUGGCAUGGCUUUAUCCUCUAUCUGUGGCAGUCUGAUGCUCUAGUCACUGGACAUUGCCUAUCUGGCCAGAGACUGGAUCUGAGAGCGGCAUGUGACAUUCCCUGACAUGAUGCUGUGCUGGCUGGGACGGAUGUUUAAAAUGCCGGUGGUGGGAAGAACCAUCGCCUUUUCUCUCCAUGGACAGCCUGUGUAAUAUUGUGCUCGUGUGUUAUCUUUGUAAUGCCAAGAUCCUUCCUCUGGAAUAACAUGCUUCUGAGGCUAGCUUGCUUUCAAACCUCUUCUAUUUUAAAGCUUGAAGCCCUGAAGUGGGGAGGAAGAUAAGGAGACUUAUGCAGCUUGGACGGCACAGCCCGUACUGAACGGCAUUCUGCUGAGUUCUGAAGGUGGAGACCACUGUCAUCAUGACAACCAGCAGCUGGCCCACUCCCUGAAGGAGAGCUUUGGUGUGCGGUUGGGCAGGCAGCACAAUAAACAUGACCAGGCAAAGCAAGGCCAUGUUUGGAUUGGAUCACACUGUAAUGUGGUUGAUUUGAACUCCACAUGUAAACAUGUAAAUUUGUAUUUCUGCAGAAGGAUUUAAUUGUUUAUAUGGUAACCUUGUCUGGGUCUUUGGCUGGGCGGAGACUGUAUUACUGUAUACCCCUGACUUUUAACAGCCAGGGCACUGCAACUUCUCAAGACUCAUGUAGAAUAAGAAAACAUUUACUUCAUGGAUACUCUUGCAGAAGGAAACAAAAGUUCACCAUGUUUAUAUGUAAGCUUAAUGACUACUGCAGUUUUGUUUUUUGUUUUUGUUUGUUUUAUUUUGUUUUUCCUUUUUGAUUUCUAAUUCUCAUGUUACUGGCAACAAUGACAGUACCAUUGCACCUCUUAGCUACAGUUGUUGGAACAAUAAUAGCAUACACACGGGUGUUCCUGGCGCUCCCCAGGUUUGGCUGUUCAUAUCUGAUCACUCAAACCAGAUGAACCUCAGUAAGGCUAUGCAGUGAAGACAGUCUGAUGGAGAUUUGUUGUACUGGUGAAAAUUGAUCUUACAGCAUUAGUGUAGUCACCUGUUUAGUUCUUGUAACUGGGCACUUUGCCACUCCUGCAGUCUUGGGGAAAAAAAAGACCUUUACCUUAACUUUUCUUUGACCUCAUGGCUUUUAUUAUUAUUAUUAAUUUCCCUAAAAAGCAGCUUGAGAUUCAAAUCCACAGCAAUAUUCUAGACCAUUCUGGCUUCCCACUUGGAUAGAUCAACUGGAGUCUGUUCUAGUUUCCAAAUAUUUGCUGAUAAAUAUUAUUUCAGAAUUGCCACAGGAAGGACCCAGCUUGUCCCAUGACCUCUCGGGUUACUAUUCCUAACCACUCUCAGCACUGCUGUACCCCUCAGCGCACUGGGUCUUUGAUGUAAUGUGAAUAAUAUGCAGAAAACUGUGUGGAGCAUUCCAAUUAAUGCAGUUACACGUUUGUUGUGGGUGUUCUAUUGUGUGAUUACUUGCGUUGUUUUGAGUAUAUUGUCCUGAAAACCAGCAUAUAGAAAGCUUAGUUAUGCUAAUCCAUAAGUCAUUCCUCAUUUUGGAGUUAGUUUAGAGUUUCCUCAGUGAUACUAACCUCAGUCACAGUAUCUUCAAAACAGGUCAAGAUGGGUACAAAGCGCACAGCUCACUCACAUUGAGCACACGUCUGACACUUGUUCAGACUAUAACAGGUGUUUUCAUCACAAGAAAAAUGUAAACAUGACUUUGGAUCAUUGGCAUGUUUGUUAGCUGUUAUGAUGCCAUUGAUAAUGUACUAAUCACUUCAUUCUGGUCACGUCAAGCCCACCCCGCGUUCUCUGGAGAAGCAAACUCAGGAAUACAUACUGCACACUCGACUUUGCAAAGGGUUGCUUCAGAAUAUCGUAAUAAAAUAUAAGCUUGAAUGUGGCAGUCUUUUUUGGGGGCCGUUUUAAAAUGCCGCUCCUGUUUUACUGGUAGGCAUUUGCAGUGUGUUCUGCUGUCAAGUUGCACACACUUAGAUUUUCUGAAUGGAAUUGAGGUUGACAGUUAUUAAGCAAGGCUUUUUUUUUUUUUUUGAAUGAUAAGGAUUCGCUCUCACCCUGCGCUUGAUGAUGGGACACAUUUACCCAGUCUCUUUGAUAUUACUGGAUUUAGCAUGUCAGUAUGUCAAUGGGUGUGUCCCCUAGCUACUGAAGGCAAAGAGUGGUUGGAUGGUAAAAAGUAAGACUAGACAUAUCCUUUUCUUUUUUUCCCUAUUAAUUGUUUACUUGUGUCCUCAGUGCACAGGGCAAGUUCAAACUGUGCAUUGUUUAUUGAACCACAUCAGAUACUAUAUGAGACACAUGGACAUCCUACCUGCUUGGAUUCCCAAAAGAAUUAGCAGUUCAGAUUAGAGUGCCAUCAAAGCAGUUGUAAGCAUAUGUCUUUAACCAAACCUUUUAGAAGGAAGAUGUGCUAAUGUCUGUUGAGCACUGGAUGACAGCUCUUCUCACACCAACAAAUGUUUUCUGACUAACAAAACCCUCUGCUUUGGCCAGCAACAUACUGGUCUGCGGUCUGAGCUAGCCUGGUUCUGGGUUGUUUACCUUGCUUCAUUAACUGCGGUGGCUGGGUUAUAAAGUUGUGCACUGUUAGCAUGCUUUGGUUUGGUUUCAUUAUUUUCCAGUGCAAGGGUGAUUUUGACCAUGUAAAGUAAUUUAUAAACUUGC